AUGAUUCGGGCUUUGCCAAAGAAAAAUUCAUUAUUGAAAAUGUCGUCCAGUGCACUUAAUUUUGAAGUAACUCAUACAUGUAAUACAACAAAAGCUCGUGUUGGUCGUUUAACAUUUGGUCGAAAUCAUACAUCGCGUGGUCCGAUCGAUACACCUGUUUUUAUGCCUGUCGGUACACAAGGAACUUUGAAAGGUUUAACACCUGAACAAUUACAUCAAUUAAAUUGUCGUAUUAUACUUGGAAAUACGUAUCAUUUAGGACAUCGACCAGGUCCUGAUUUACUUAAAGAAAUGGGUGGUCUUCAUUCAUUUAUGCAUUGGGAUGGUGGACUUUUAACAGAUUCAGGAGGAUUUCAAAUGGUAUCUCUUCUUAAAUUAUCACAAGUAACUGAAGAUGGUGUCAAAUUUCAAUCUCCACAUGAUCAAAGUGAAAUGUUAUUAACACCAGAAAAAUCCAUUGAAAUUCAAAAUGUUAUCGGUAAGAAUCUAUCAUCAUAUAAUUCAUCAAAGAAACUUCAGAUAAUAACUCUAUCAACAAUGGUAGAAUCUUAUUAG